AUGGUGGUGGGGGAGACUUCUUUGGAGGAGGUGGAGAUGUGUAGUGGUACGGUGGAGGGGGAGACUUCUUUGGAGGGGGAGGAGAUGUGUAGUGGUAAGGAGGUGGUGGAGACUUCUUUGGAGGGGGUGGAGAUGUGUAGUGGUAUGGAGGUGGGGGAGACUUCUUUGGAGGGGGUGGAGACGUGUAGUGGUACGGUGGAGGGGGAGACUUCUUUGGAGGGGGUGGAGACGUGUAGUGGUACGGUGGAGGUGGAGACUUCUUUGGUGGAGGAGGUGAGGUGUAGUGGUACGGUGGAGGUGGAGAUUUCUUGGGAGGAGGAGGAGAUGAGUAGUGGUAUGGAGGUGGAGGAGACUUCUUUGGGGGAGGUGGAGAUGUGUAGUGGUAUGGUGGAGGAGGAGACUUCUUUGGAGGGGGUGGAGAUGAGUAGUGGUAUGGAGGUGGUGGAGACUUCUUUGGUGGAGGUGGAGAUGUGUAGUGGUAUGGUGGAGGAGGAGAUUUCUUAG